AGUUGAAUGCCCCUUUAGAGGUAGAGAACAAAAAAGAAACAAAAUCUUCUUUGUUUUGGAUAACUUCUACAAAAUCUCAAUUAUAUGCAUCAUCACCGGCUCAGCCUUUGGUUGUUAUAAUUUAUAUAUAAGUAGGAAUUUCUCUUCAUCUUUAAGUUGCCUGUCUGACUCUUCCUAUCCAAUCUUUUGGUUUCUCUUUCUCCGAGUCAUGGCUUCUGAUCUAUCCUCCAUUUUAGUUAUCACUCUCUUUGCUAUCUCAUUAGUGAACUUAACUCCAUCCUUGGUGCUUGCUAGAAAGCCAUGCCACUUUCCUGCAAUAUUUAACUUUGGUGAUUCAAACUCUGACACAGGAGGCUUGUCAGCCGCAUUUGGCCAGGCUCCUCCUCCUAAUGGACUGUCUUACUUUGGCGGCCCCGCUGGCCGCUAUUCCGAUGGCCGCCUUGUCAUCGAUUUCAUAGCCCAGAGCCUUGGAUUACCAUAUCUAAGCGCAUUUCUUGACUCCGUUGGAAGCAACUUUAGUCAUGGAGCUAACUUUGCCACUGCUGGAUCUACGAUUAGACCUCAGAACACAACUUUACAUCAAAGCGGUUUCAGCCCUAUCUCUUUGAACGUUCAGUACUACGAGUUCCAUGAUUUUCUUGUAAGGUCACAAGUUGUGCGUAAAAAAGGUGGAGUUUAUGAAAGGUUAUUGCCAAAGGAAGAAGACUUCUCAAAUGCCUUGUACGCCUUUGAUAUUGGCCAAAAUGAUCUCACUGCUGGUUACUUCUUAAACAUGUCUACGGACGAAGUUAAAGCAUAUGUUCCUGAUGUGCUUAGUCAGUUCCAGACUAUAAUUCAGUAUAUAUAUAGCCAAGGAGGUAGAUACUUUUGGAUACACAAUACAGGUCCUGUUGGGUGUCUACCAUACGUCCUGGAACGUGUCCCGGUCUUAGCAGGCCAGAUUGAUAAAUAUGGAUGUGCCUCUCCAUUCAAUGAAGUGGCUCAAUUUUUCAACCAAGGAUUGAAAAAGGCGGUGGAACAGUUGCGCAAAGAUUUGCCAAAUGCAGUAAUCACAUACGUUGAUGUUUACUCGGUCAAAUACUCCCUAAUUAGCCAAGGAAGAAAGCAUGGGUUCAGUCAUCCUCUUAAAACAUGCUGCGGUCAUGGUGGCAAGUACAAUUACAACAAGAACUUAGGCUGUGGAGCAAAGGUUCAUAAACAUGGGAAGGAAGUGUUAGUGGGGGCACCUUGCAAAGAUCCUUGGACUUACGUAAAUUGGGACGGAGUACACUUUACACAAGCAGCUAAUCAGUACAUAUUUGAACGUAUUGUUGAUGGUUCAUUUUCAGACCCUCCAAUUCCAUUAAAUUUGGCCUGUCAUAGGAACUAGGAAGGGGAAGUGAACUCUUUUUACAUUUUUAACUGUUUUUUUUUUCGUUUUAUGUAUUAAGAAAGUUCAGUGCCAUGCUUAAGUUGGAUUAUUUUUAAUUGUUUCAACUCUUUCUUUAUGAUAAUGGCUGAUAAA